AUGGUUGCUCCCACUGCUAUCAAAAGUAACGCCGAUUCGGCAGGUGUGUCUGCACCAAUAACGGCAAGCAGGAUUGUUGGUACCGAUAACACGCAGCCCAUCGAAAAUGAGGACGAUGAUGAGGACGUCCUGCUAGACUCUGGUAUGGCUGUGGAUGAAGAUGGAGAGGGGAAGGGGUCCGAUAACGGUGCCGCGAAUACAAAGAGGGAACAUAAAGGUGUUGUUCUGGAUGAGCAAGGGAAGCCACGUUUCUCAUCGGCUAAUAAAGCCUCCGAAACCAAAAUAAAGGCAGAGAGCAGGAAAGUUGCUGUCCCACCACAUAGAAUGACGCCACUAAGGAAUAACUGGACGAAAAUAUACCCACCACUAGUAGAUCACCUGAAGCUACAAGUCAGAAUGAACUUGAAGACCAAAUCAGUCGAGUUGAGAACUCAUCCUAAACAUACCACUGAUCCUGGUGCCCUGCAAAAAGGUGCUGAUUUCAUCAAGGCUUUUACGCUUGGGUUUGAUCUCGAUGAUUCUAUUGCCCUUUUGAGAUUGGACGAUCUGUACAUUGAAACUUUCGAAGUUAAGGACGUGAAAACGUUACACGGGGACCAUCUGUCAAGAGCCAUUGGCCGUAUCGCUGGUAAGGACGGUAAGACCAAGUUUGCUAUUGAAAAUGCAACGAGAACGAGAAUCGUGUUGGCCGAUAGUAAAAUUCACAUUCUGGGAGGGUUUACGCAUAUAAGAAUGGCCAGAGAAUCAGUCGUCAGUUUAAUUUUGGGUUCGCCUCCAGGUAAAGUUUACGGUAACCUGCGUACUGUUGCAUCGAGGUUGAAGGAGCGUUAUUGA